CGUUCCCUUGGAACUCUGAACCUAUCCACUUUUGAUCGUCUAUUCGUCGUUCAUAUCAGAUAGUUCUGCUUUGGGAAGUUCCAGCAGGAUGGUGAAAGAAAAAGGAUCAGAUCUGACAUUAGGGUUCUUGCCUAGGCCUACCCAGGUCAAGAAUAAGACGCCUGCUCCUAUUCAGAUAACUGCUGAACAGAUUCUUCGGGAGUCCCGGGAGAGGCAUGAAGCAGAAAUACAGCCGCCGAAGCAGAAAAUUACAGACUUUAGCGAGCUCUCCGACUACCGAAUCCAGAAGAGAAAGCAGUUUGAAGACCUAAUCCGCCGCGUGCGGUGGAACAAGGGUGUCUGGGUGAAGUAUGCCAGGUGGGAAGAAUCCCAGGAAGGCUUCGACCGUGCUCGCUCCGUGUGGGAGCGUGCAUUGAAGAUAUUCGAGAGAGAGCCGACAAUGUGGCUUAAUUACGCAGAGGUGGAGAUGAAGAAUAAGUUCAUAGAUCAUGCUAGGAAUGUCUGGGACCGUGCAGUAACCAUAUUGCCUAGGAUUGAUCAGCUUUGGUAUAAGUACAUUCACAUGGAAGAGAUGCUUGGGAAUGUCCCUGGAGCCAGACAGGUCUUUGAGAGAUGGAUGUCAUGGCAACCAGACCAACAGGGCUGGCUUUCGUUUAUCAAGUUUGAGCUGAGAUAUAAUGAGGUUGAUCGGGCUAGAGCAAUAUUCGAGAGAUUCGUUCAGUGCCAUGUGAAAGUGAGUGCUUGGAUUUGCUUUGCCAAGUUUGAGAUGAAGAAUGGGGAGAUUUCUCGGGCAAGGAAUUGCUAUGAGAGGGCAGUGGAUAAGUUGGCAGAUGACGAAGAGGCAGAACAUUUGUUUGUUGCUUUCGCAGAGUUUGAGGAGAUGUGCAAAGAGUCAGGAAGGGCAAGGUGCAUAUAUAAGUUUGCACUUGAUCAUAUUCCAAAAAUCCGAGCCGAGGAUUCGUAUAAAAAGUAUGUGGCUUUCGAGAAGCAGUAUGGUGACAAGGCUGGUAUAGAGGAUGCCAUUGUUGGGAAGAGGAGGUUUCAGUACGAAGAUGAGGUCCGCAAGAAUCCACACAAUUAUGAUGCCUGGUUUGAUUACAUACGGUUGGAGGAAAGUGUGGGAGUGAAGGAGAGGAUUAGGGAUGUUUACGAGAGAGCCAUUGCCAAUGUGCCUCUUGCCGAAGAGAAACGGUACUGGCAGAGAUAUAUUUACUUGUGGAUCAAUUAUGCUUUAUAUGAGGAGCUUGAUGCACACGACAUGGAACACACUAGAGAAGUGUAUAGGGAAUGUCUGAAAUUGAUCCGUCAUAAAAAGUUUUCGUUUGCGAAGAUAUGGCUAUUAGCAGCACAGUUUGAAAUAAGGCAGUUAAGGCUUGAUGCUGCUCGAUCAAUCCUUGGAACCGCAAUCGGAAUGGCUCCCAAAGACAAGGUAUUCAAGAAGUACAUUGAAAUAGAAUUGCACUUGGGAAACAUUGAUCGAUGCCGAAUACUUUAUGAGAAGUAUUUACAAUGGUCUCCGGAGAACUGUUACGCAUGGACAAAAUUUGCGGAGCUCGAGAAGUCUUUGGAUGAAACAGAGCGGACAAGGGCUGUUUUUGAGCUUGCAAUUGACCAAGUUGCUCUGGACAUGCCGGAGUUACUUUGGAAGGCGUACAUUGACUUCGAGAUAUCAGAAGUUGAAUAUGAAAGGACAAGGGCAUUGUAUGAGAGGCUUUUGAACCGCACAAAACAUUUGAAAGUAUGGAUUAGUUAUGCCAAGUUUGAAGCUUCUGUGGCUGAUCUGGAAGGGCAAGAAGUCAUUCCUGAACAAAAGGAGGAAGGCGUACACCGGGUUAGAGGGGUUUUUGAAAGAGCUCUAAGUUACUAUAGAACAUCGGCUCCUGAAUUAAAAGAGGAGAGGGCGAUGCUUUUGGAAGAAUGGCUAAACAUGGAAACCAGCUUUGGGGAUGUCGGGUUAGUCCGGUCCAAACUGCCCAUGAAACUGAAAAAGAGGCGCCAGAUCGAGACUGAGGAUGGCCCUGCCGGGUAUGAGGAGUACAUAGACUACCUCUUCCCCGAAGAAACUCGGACAAGAAAUCUUAAAAUUUUGGAAACUGCACAUAAUUGGAAGAAGAAACAAAGGGUUUCUUUCUGCUGAAAGAUUAAUGAACAAAAAAAAAAGUUCAAAAGGUUUCUGGUGAAAAGGAUGGUGACAUUCCUAUGAUGGUGUGUACUUUCUGCUGUCAGUUUGGCAUAAAAUGGCAACAGACUGAGCCCAGCUAAUGCAAGUUUUUCACCAGUUGAGGUUUGGGGUGAGUCACUUUCAGAUUUAUGUGAUCUUGGUGCUUAAUUGUUGUGUGUGGUGGGGAUGUACAUCCAUCAGAUGUUGUACCUGCUGCCUAGGGCUCUUAGUGNAUAGGAAGGACAAAGUUGAACUAUAUAUAUGAUAAAGGGGCAACUUAGGG